AUGCAUUCUGAUCACGAAGGCGAAGCAGGUUGGAUAGGCUCUGGUGUAUGGGGUCUAUCUGCAGUCGGAGCCAAACAAAGACAAGCAGAUCGUGAGCGUGAUCGACGGAUAGCGAAAGGACAUGUAGAAGAUGACGGAGGCCGCAGGCAGAGACAGAUUGAAUGGGAAGGGUUCUUGCGAUAUGCCGAUCAGAAAGAGCGGGAGCUCUAUAAAAUCUUUAUCGAAUUGGACAAGAAUGGAGAUAUGCGAUUAGAUACGGUAGAGAUUGCAGGUGCUUUAGAUCGUGCGGAAAUUGAAUUAUCAAAAGAUGGUUUGAAGGACUUUGUCGCUAGUCUCGGAUCUUCUUCGCGUUGGCAAGGAUCAGGAUGUCCUUCUUCAGUCACUUUUCCGGAAUUCCGCGACUAUUUGUUGCUCUUACCUAGGAAACCUUCGGUGAAUGAAAUCUUCCGAUUUUAUCAAGUACGUAAAGCAUUUGGACUUUUCGGAUCCCAAGGUAUUUUUGGCGAAUUUAGCGAUCGAUGGGGAAAGACGGAAAGGCAUGGUGCCACCUCUGUCACACAGGAUGGAGAUGUAUCCUUGGCAGGUGAAGAGAGGAAGAAGCUCGGUGAAGAUGAAAAAGAAGCAAGACGUGAAGCAAGAAGGGUGGCGAUUGAGAAUGCUGCGACAGAGGUCGUCAGUUCUGACAAUCAUUCCGAUUCAGAAACAAAUGGAUUGUCGGGCAUUUUGUCAAACUCAGAUAUGAUCCAUGGUGAUGUUGCUCUUAAAUUUCUGCUCGCUGGUGGUAUAGCUGGUGCAGUUUCUAGAACAGCCACUGCUCCUUUUGAUCGUUUGAAGAUCUAUUUGAUCACUACAGCCCGUGCCCAGCCAGAAGCACUCAACUCAGGAUCUACGUCAAAGAUUGCAACACGUGGAAUGAGUAUGCUGACAGAAGCUGUUCAUGCACUCUAUCGCGAAGGAGGAGGCCUUAAAGCUUUUUGGGUCGGUAAUGGCUUGAACUGCUUAAAGAUCUUUCCUGAAUCAGCAAUCAAGUUUUUGAGCUAUGAGACUGCAAAGAGAGCAUUUGCCAAGUACGUUGAUGGAGUUUCAGAUUCUCGAGAUAUCAGUGGAACGAGUCGAUUUUUGAGUGGUGGUUUUGGUGGUAUUACAAGUCAAUUUGCAAUUUAUCCUGUUGAAACGCUCAAAACACGAUUGAUGGCUUAUCAAGGAUCGAGUGGUAGUAACCACGCGCCAGCAGGACACCAAGCACAAGGCAAUCGACUUUUAUCCACAGUCGCGAAAGAUAUGUGGAAGAAUGGCGGGAUGAGAACUUAUUACCGUGGUCUAACGGCAGGUUUGAUUGGAGUUUUUCCUUAUUCUGCAAUUGAUAUGUCUACAUUUGAAGGAAUCAAGCUAUUUUACAUCAAGUACACUGGCAGAGAAGAACCGGGCGUUUUAGCACUCUUGGCAUUCGGAAGUUUGAGUGGAAGUGUUGGAGCAACGACUGUUUAUCCGCUAAGUUUGGUUAGAACUAGACUUCAAGCAGCCGGAACGCCUGCUCAUCCUCAACAAUACGAUGGCUUUUGGCAUGCAUGCAGGAUCACGUAUAAACAAGAAGGCUUUGUUGGAUUUUAUCGUGGUUUGGUACCUUCUUUGGCAAAAGUCGUUCCUGCUGUUUCAAUUUCUUAUGUCGUUUAUGAACAUUCAAAACGUCGUUUAGGCGUACAGUAAACUUAUCAUCAUAUGGACUUUCUUUCUUACGUUGUUGCAAUUUGCUCUAUCUUGUCCCUCUUUGUACAUUGACAUUAGAACUUUACUAGAUUUUGCAUAAUUUACAUUUUUCAUCAUCCAA